GCCGUCGUCUCAGCCAUGGCGGCCGCCACACUCCCCGCGUGGCUGGUCCUGCAGCCAGCGGCCAGGGCCCUGCAGCCAGCGGCCAGGACCCUGCGUGCCUUCUGCACCGCCGUGUCUCCGGCCACCCGCUCUGCGAUACCAAGCCCGCGUACAGCAGGCAGAACAUCCAGAUAUGAAAGACCACUGAGAAGAAAGGCAUUACCUCCUAGGACAGAGAAAAUGACUGUUGACCUGGACUGGCCUAGUGUCUAUCCUGUUGCAGCACCAUUUAAACCCUCUGCUGUACCUCUUCCUGUUCGAAUGGGUUAUCCAGUAAAAAGGGGGGUGCCCAUGGCAAAGGAGGGAAAUCUAGAACUUUUAAAGAUCCCCAAUUUUUUGCAUUUGACACCUGUAGCAAUUAAAAAGCACUGUGAAGCUCUUAAAGAUUUCUGCACUGAAUGGCCAGCUGCACUAGACAGUGAUGAGAAAUGUGAGAAGCAUUUUCCCAUUGAAAUUGACACAGCUGAUUAUGUUUCGGCAGGACCAUCUAUUAGAAACCCCAAAGCACGAGUAGUAACUUUAAGGGUUAAACUUUCCAGUCUGAAUUUAGAUGAUCACGCAAAGAAGAAACUUAUUAAACUUGUGGGAGAGCGAUACUGCAAGACCACAGAUGUGCUUACCAUCAGGACAGACAGGUGCCCUUUGAAGAGACAGAAUUACGAUUAUGCAAUAUAUCUGCUAACAGUUUUAUACCAUGAGUCUUGGAAAACCGAAGAAUGGGAGAAAGAGAAGACUGAGGCAGAUAUGGAAGAGUAUAUAUGGAAAAAUAGCCCCUCUGAAAAAAAUAUCCUGGAAACACUUCUCCAAAUUAAAGCUGCUGAGAAAAAUCUGGAAGUAAAUAAAGAAGAGCUCCUUGGUACAAAAGAAGUCGAAGAUUACAGAAAGUGUGUUGUUAGUCUUAAGAAUGAGGGGGACAAUGAAGAGACCCUUUCUCAGUACAAAGAAUCCGUGAAGAAGCUAUUAAAACUGAUGUGAUUUAUGUAGAAAAAACUGCUUGAUUUGCUAAUUUUAUGAUCUAUCUGUAAUCAUUAUCUAACUUCACAUAAAUUUGAAAAUGUUAAAAACAACCAUUGUUUUACAUCAGAUUUAAAAAUAUUCCUUUCAUACUAAUCCGUAAUGGCAAUGAUUAUUCAAAAGUUCUUAUUUGUACAGUGCGGCAGAAGGACUAAUUAAAAUAUCUCAGUGAUUC